AUGACAGCCGAACCGAACUACCGCUCCAUAAAGCUCUCCGCAUUUCCGGAGCUCCCUAGUGAUGAGAAACUAUCCAAUAAUACCUACCGUGCCUACGAUCUUGUUAAAGGCUCUUACAGCCUAGCAGUCCGAUUAUUGAACCAAGAUGAUGCGUCUGCACUACAACUACGAAUGCUCGCCCAUCGUCUCAAGGAUGAUACGUGGCCGCUUCUGGCAGCACUGUCGGACGAUCUUGACAAUGAAGAAUGGACGGAGGCCGCGGCUUUGCGCUUAGGCGGAGCAAUUGUCCAACUGCGCCUCGCCGGAGAUCAGAAACAGGGAUCUGAGUGCGCAUCCUAUGCUGUGUCCUUGCCUUCAGAUGGCUGA